AUGCCGGCAGUGGCUGUAGUGCUUUCAACAGUCAUGAAUCAGAGUCCACAAGAAGUAACUAGUGUUAUUCCUCUGAGCAACUCCUCAGUAUCACGCCGUAUUGAUGAGAUGGCAGCUGAUGUUGAAAACCAAUUAAUCUCAAAAAAACUGAAGGUGAAUGAUUUCUCGCUUCAACUCGACGAAUCAACUUUACCUGAUAAUUCUGCUCUUUUGAUGGCAUUUGUGAGGUUUCUUGAUGUAGAUGAAAUAUGUCAAGAAAUGCUUUUCGCAUUGAAAUUAACGACUGACACUAAAGGAGAAUCCAUCUUCAAAAAACCUGAGGUCUAUUUUUGA